AUGGUAGACAAAUCCCAGCAGACUGAAGUGACAGAGAAAAAGAAACACACGUUCAUACCACAAUCAUCUGGCCCCAAAGCUACCCUUAACAUUGGUAAUAUUCCUGGAAGCAAAGGCAACUACCCUGCCAAAGACUAUGAGUCUCUUAGAGUAUCUUCUCAACUUCAGCACACUUGGACAAAGAGAAAGCAUGGACAGGAAAUGAUUGAUAAAUCUCUGCAGACAGACACUAGUGUAGAAGAGAAAAAAGAAGUCAAGUUAGUUGAUGAAACGAUAGAAAAAAAACCAGCUGGUGUUGGAGAAGCAGCUGCUGAAUUGCCAGAGACUAUUCAAGAAGUAGAAAUUACACCACACAGACACUCAGUUCAACUAAAAAUGGGUAGAUCUCAGCAGACCAGUUGUACUGGAGACUGGACCAUGAUGAAUAUGCCCCCAAAAGAAACAGUGGACAAGGAACAGCAGACAUAUUUUAGUGAAUCAGAAAUAGUGGUUAUUUCCAGGCCAGGUAGUUCUUUUCCAGACUCAAAGGAAGGUGCCCAGAAACGUAAAUCUUCAGGAAAGAUUUUUGUUAGUGGACAUCCUGAAUUUCAACCAGCAACACGUAGCAAUGAAGAAACUAUGCAGAAAAGUAUCAGCAGACCUUCAUUAACUCAGGAAACCAAAAUAGGUUCUCCAGUACUUUUAGAAGAUGAGCUUAGGCAAGAGGUUGUAGAAGAGGAUUCUGUUGAUAAAAAGGCGGCUUCUGCUGAAACAGGGCCUCCACCAACAGCAGAAGUCCCUACUGAAGUGCAGCCUUCACCAACUGAAGAUGCCACUGAAGAAGUAGAGCCCAGCCCUGCUGAGGAGACUGCUGUCCAAGUACAGACUCCAACUGAAGAAACUCCUGCUGAACCCUCAGCAGAAGCCCUUGCUGAAGAACCCCCUGAUGAAGUCCAGUCUCCACUAGUGGAGGAGGCUCCUGCAGAAGAGGUCCCUGCUGAGGUUCAGCCUCCACCAGCUGAGGAGGCUCCUGUAGAAGAGACCUCUGUUGAGCUUCAGCCUCUACCAGCUGAGGAGGCUCCUGUAGAAGAGGCCCCUGCUGAGCUUCAGCCUCUACCAGCUGAGGUGGCUCCUGUAGAAGAGGCCCCUGCUGAGCUUCAGCCUCCACCAACUAAGGAGGCUCCUAUAGAAGAGGCCCCUGCUGAAGUUCAGCCUCUACCAGCUGAGGUGGCUCCUGUAGAAGAGGCCCCUGCUGAGCUUCAGCCUCCACCAACUAAGGAGGCUCCUAUAGAAGAGGCCCCUGCUGAAGUUCAGCCUCUACCAGCUGAGGUGGCUCCUGUAGAAGAGGCCCCUGCUGAGCUACAGCCUACACCAACUGACGAGGCUCCUAUAGAAGAGGCCCUUGCUGAAGUUCAGCCUCUACCAGCUGAGGUGGCUCCUGUAGAAGAGGCCCCUGCUGAGCUACAGGCUACACCAACUGACGAGGCUCCUAUAGAAGAGACCACUGCUGAAGUUCAGCCUCUACCAGCUGAGGUGGCUCCUGUAGAAGAGGCCCCUGCUGAGGUUCAGCCUCCACCAACUGAUAAGGCUCCUAUAGAAGAGACCACUGCUGAAGUUCAGCCUCUACCAGCUGAGGAGGCUCCUGUAGAAGAGGCCCCUGCUGAGCUUCAGCCUCUACCAGCUGAGGUGGCUCCUGUAGAAGAGGCCCCUGCUGAGCUUCAGCCUCCACCAACUAAGGAGGCUCCUAUAGAAGAGGCCCCUGCUGAAGUUCAGCCUCUACCAGCUGAGGUGGCUCCUGUAGAAGAGGCCCCUGCUGAGCUUCAGCCUCCACCAACUAAGGAGGCUCCUAUAGAAGAGGCCCCUGCUGAAGUUCAGCCUCUACCAGCUGAGGUGGCUCCUGUAGAAGAGGCCCCUGCUGAGCUACAGCCUACACCAACUGACGAGGCUCCUAUAGAAGAGGCCCUUGCUGAAGUUCAGCCUCUACCAGCUGAGGUGGCUCCUGUAGAAGAGGCCCCUGCUGAGCUACAGGCUACACCAACUGACGAGGCUCCUAUAGAAGAGACCACUGCUGAAGUUCAGCCUCUACCAGCUGAGGUGGCUCCUGUAGAAGAGGCCCCUGCUGAGGUUCAGCCUCCACCAACUGAUAAGGCUCCUAUAGAAGAGACCACUGCUGAAGUUCAGCCUCUACCAGCUGAGGAGGCUCCUGUAGAAGAGGCCCCUGCUGAGCUUCAGCCUAUACCAGCUGAAGAGGCUCCUGUAAAAGAGGUCCCUCCUGAAGUUCAGCUUCUACCGGCUGAGGAGGCUCCUACAGAAGAGACCACUCCUGAAGUUCAGUUUCCACCAGAUGAUGAGACCCCUGUUGAAGAGGCCCCCAUUUACAAACAUCCUCCAUCUGAUUUGCUUCCUGCGGAAGACUUUCCUAUACAAGAGAUGUCUGCUGAAGUUUCACCUCCAGUAGAGAAUGUGUCUACUGGACUGCAAUCACCCCAGGCAGAAGGCAUCCCAGUAAAAUUAGUAGUUGACUUGAAAGAUGAUACCAAAUUUCAAGAGGCUUUAAAAACGGAUUCUGUUCCAGAAGAUUUGUCUGAUACCAAAAAUGGACAGGCUCCCACUCUUGAAAUAGAGGCAGUCAUCAAUAUAGAACUUAAAGAGUCUCCUCCUGAACUGUAG